AUGACAAAAACGUUGGGUAGUGAAUUCAAUUCCGUUCUGAGUAAUUCCGUUCGUAUGGUCAACUACAUUAAAGGAAAGCCCCUAAAAAGUAGAAUUUUUGCCGAAAUUUGUGAAUCAAUGGAUGCUGAUUUCACAAAUUUGUUGUACCAUACCGAAGUGAGAUGGUUAUCCAGAGGAAAGGUUCUGUUACGUCUCUAUGAAUUGAAAGAGGAACUUUUGCUGUUUUUCAUGGAAGAGGAGAACAAUGAAUUUACAUGUUAUUUGGAAGACCACGACUGGAUAUCAAAAUUCGCAUACUUGGCUGAUAUUUUUCAAUAUCUUAACCAGGUUAAUUCUAGUUUGCAAGGACCAUCAGAAAAUAUUUUAACUUCCACCGACAAAAUUUCAGCCUUUCAAGAAAAAAUGUCCGUGUGGUGUGCAAACUUGGAUAAAGAGAAUACAACUAUGUUUCCACUGUUUACGGGCCAGGAAAACUCCAGUCCUACCGUUCUAAAAAUCAUACGAAGUCACUUACAGACUUUACAAAUGUCUAUGAAACAUUAUUUUCCAGACUUAAACGUUGAACACUACGACUGA